AUGGCCCCUGCCGUCCGGCAAUGCUACGACCAAAUGCCGGAGCCGAGAUGGGUUAUCAUUAUGUCAUCACAAUGGUCAUCAUUUCCCGAAAAGGAUGAGGACGACGACGAGGACGACGAGGACGACGGCGAGGACGACGACAAGGACGCCGACAAGGACGCCGACAAGGACGACGACAAGGACGACGACAAGGACGCCGACAAGGACGCCGACAAGGACGACGACAAGGACGACUAA